AUGGCCCGUGGCCAAUUUGUCGAUUUUGAGUUUGCUUCGGCGAGCUCUAAGAAGUGUGCAUAUUGCACACUACAGAACGAGAAGUGCAACCCGGUGCUCGCCUACGCCGGGGCCGAGUUUGCCGUAUUUUGGGAGGCCCUCAGGGCUUACGAGCUUGCCCUGGGGAGCGACGAGGAGGGGGACUGA